CUUCCGCUGCAGGAACAAGGCAUGUUCAUUGUACAAGGCUCUUCUGAAAGAAUACCGCGACUAUUAUUAAGGUGAAGUCUGAAAUAUGUGAUUACGUCAAAGUUGUUUAAUCAGUUUAAAACGACUUUUGUGCUCCGAUUUAGUUUGAUAUGUGUUAACCGGUUGGAGCCGCAUGUACGAAUGACCGAAAAGUAAAGGUUGCACGUUGUACAAAAUCGACAUCACCGUUUUUGUCGGCUCAGGAAUUUGUUCGCUAGCACAGCUUAGCUUUGAAAGCAAGCCACCUUGUGGUCCUGUCUUGGCAUUCUAGCCUGUAUUGUGGUAUGGAUUAUUUGUAUUUUUUUAAACAUCUAUAUACAGUUUCUAGUUUGAUCAGGAAUCUCGUUUAAGGUGUCAUUUUUAUUGUUUUUCCCCCAUUUUGUUUAAUUUGAGAAAAACAGCUUUCUAGUUCACGCUUGUCUGUAUUUUUUUUUUUGAAGGGGGGGGUCAUUUUGGGAGGAGAAAGUAACGUUCUCAGUGGGUUUUUUUUUUUUUUUUUUUUUUACAACAACAAAAACAUCCCCAAACCCAACAAUCAUGAACGGGUUCAGCACUGAAGAAGACAGCCACGACGGCCCCCCAGCGCCGCCGCUUUACGGUCAGACUUGUUGUUUGAUUGAGGACGGUGAGCGCUGCGGACGAUCGGCUGGAAACGCCUCCUUCAGCAAACGGAUCCAAAAAAGCAUAUCGCAGAAAAAACUCAAACUGGACAUCGACAAAAGCGUUCGACAUCUCUACAUAUGCGACUUCCACAAAAACUUUAUCCAGAGUGUCCGUAACAAGAGGAAGAGGAAGACGAGCGACGACGGAGGGGAGUCUCCGGACCAUGACGUGGAAGUUCCAGAGGUGGACCUGUUCCAGCUUCAGGUGAACACGCUGAGACGCUACAAGAGACACUACAAGCUGCAGACCAGACCUGGCUUAAACAAGGCCCAACUGGCUGAGACUGUCAGUCGUCACUUCCGGAAUAUCCCGGUGAACGAGAAGGAGACUCUGACCUAUUUUAUUUAUAUGGUGAAGAGCACCAAAAGCCGACUGGACCAGAAGUCGGACGGGAGCAAACAGCUGGAGUAAAGGCCACCGAUUUAACUUCCCAUACCAAGACUUGGACACGUGUGUUUGAUAACAAGGUGUUUUCCGACAGGCAGCCAAAACUGAUCUUAAGACAGUUGUUGAGACUCCGCAGGGUAAUGUAAUGCUGUAAUGUGAAUAUGCUGAUAUGUACAAAAUGCACAGAUUAUGAAGAAAUCAGCAAAAAGGUAGAAUGCAAUGUAUGAUAACUGCCUCAAAGAUGUUUGUUUUGGGGGUUUUUUUGUUUUGUUUUUGCGUUGACUGUUAACAACUUUUGAUGAAGAAAAAUGGUUUGUGCCAAACCAGAGUGUGCAAACUUAAGAUAUCAAUAAACUGGACAGGGUGCAUUUUGUGAAUGAAAAGAUCAUUUAAAAAGGUUUUAAUAAGCAUUGUACAUUUUUCCUGUUGUCCAGCUAGUACUCAUUCUGUUAUCCGGGGGUGUGACAUGCAUGUGAAGACUGAGGAAGUUGACUGAUGUAGCAUUUUGGCAGACACUUUUCAAUUUUUUUUUUGUUUCUCUCACUCAGACUUUUCCCUCUCUGUCUUCUACACUGAAACACACACAGACUGAAGUGGUGUUUUAGUUAAAAACAAGUUAUUUUCAAAUAUUGGUGUCUAUUUUUUUUUUUUUUUUUUAAUUUACAUUUUUGUUUGUUUUUCUUUACCCACUACCUUUUUUUUGUGAUAAAUAUAAGAACAGUACUUUAGUUCAUCCUUGAUUGUAAGAUUUCUAUGUGAAGUUGUGUUUCUGGUGGGAGUAACUAUUUCAACAGUUGUUUUAGAUUUUUGUCAUUUAUCAUGCUUUCAGCAUUUGAGACUAAUUUUAAGCAAUUCAUUGAAGCUGUGUUCAUUAGAGUGAGAAAUGCCUUAUUACCACAAUAUAUUAUUUCCAAAGCAAACGUUGUUGCUCUACUAACACCGGCACAAUAUAGAAAGUCUCAACUUUGGAGAGCAGUGAACUGUGUUUGAACCACCUAAAUUGCUUUCACAGUGCACAAUGAGCACUGUCUGUACUUUUGCUUUAGUGUUUACAAUAUGUUAGUUCUAUUCUAUUGGAAUGUAUUUCUGAGGAAUCAUGUCACCCUGGACUUGUCAAGUCCAUUUCCUUUCCUGGCACCGUGUUGAAAUAAUGUGUUGUCUAAUGGAUCACAGUACCAACUAUAGUCACUAGAGGAAGAUGGGAGUUUUUUUUGUUUUUGCUUCCUCUGCCGCUAAUUUAAUGAGUUUCUUCACUUCAACACCGCUGUACCGUUCACUGGUUUGUUUGAGUCAGUGGUCUCUCCACAGAUGAUAAGUAUGUCUUUUUAGUAUUGAUUUGUUUCCAAUUUUCCCUGCCCUUAUUUAUAAGUCCCACGAAAUAAGUCACGUCUGUCUGCUGCGUUCCAUGUUACACCAUCAGUUAGCCAUGUCAGGUGUGUCAUUGCUGAAGUAUCGAUGGCUUUUUUUUUUUUUUUUCUCGCUUGUAGCCUUGUUAGCACCAUAUAGAUUUCCCCUCUUUAACAUAUUGGCUGUGCUGCGUUAAUACUGUAAUGGCUGUGCUGCGUUAAUACUGUAAUGGCUGUGCUGCGUUAACCUAAGUGUUGUAAUAGAUAAUACGUGUAUUUAAAAAUGGCUGCGUAUUGCUUUUAAUAAACGUAUUGUACAUAGAUAAUGGCUUGUCUUUUUUUAAUUUGCUGUGGGGUAGUCACUCUCUUUUUGUGAUUUUAGUAGCUGGAUAGAAUUAGUAAGGGACAAACUGCUCUCCUUCCAUGCUUUUUCAACCACAAGACAGCGGAGUUGUCAUGCAGCCCUAUCACUAGUGUUGCAGAUUUACAGUGCACCUCUACCGCAUGCAUUAGCCUCUACCGCAUGCAUUUUCCUCCACCUUCUCUCUGUAGUUACUCGAUCUACCGGUAGGUGUCAGUAGCAUUCUGUUGGGCGCCAGUGGUUGAACGGCAGAAACAACGCUAGACCUACUCCUCCUACAUGAAGGUAGCAGGGCUGAAACCUGACGUGUUUCCUACAUGUGACAUUUCGUAGGCUAUGCAAUAAGAGAAUGACACGUGUGCCCCCAAUAAAAAUGUCCUGUACAUGAUUCGUUGAUGAGCAAUGAACUUUUGCCGGUUGAGACCAUCCAUGUGUACAGUUGCAACUGUUUGCUGGAGGAACCAGUUUCUUGCAUGUAGACCUACCUAUAGGUUAGACGGGACAUAUAUAGUCUGUAUAACCUAUGGCUAGUGCUAUCCGGGGUUCCCUGGGACGUCCCUACCGUAAACCUUAACCCCUAGCCAUAAAAAGGUUAUGGCUUGGGUUUAAGGUUUACGGUAGGGGACGUGCCAGAACCUAUAACCGUAGGAACGUCCCAAGGAUCCCGGAUAGCUAUUUUGUCUUGGUUUUUUUUCUCACAAAAAAAAGUAAGAACAGUACUUUUAAUUCAUCCUUGAUUGUAAGAUUUUUAUGUAAAGUUGUGUCUGGUGGGAACUAAAUAUUUCAACAGUUUAGAUUUUUGGUCAUUUUCAUGCUUUCAGCUUUUAAGACUCAUUUUAAGCAAUUAAC